AUGGCUAAUUCAAAAUAUGAAUAUGUCAAAGCCUUUGAGCAGCCUGAUCUGCUCAUCCCAAAUACAUGGAUCGUAGUGCGUAUUGAUGGUCGGGGAUUUCAUAAAUUUUCGGACAAAUAUGCCUUUGAGAAGCCGAAUGAUCGGAGAGCGCUGGAUUUGAUGAAUGCGGCUGCGAAGGCUGUCAUGAUGGAAUUGCCCGAUAUUGUGAUUGCCUAUGGCAUUAGUGACGAGUAUAGUUUCGUCUUCCAUAAAUCAUGUGCGCUUUUUGAGAGACGCUCGAGUAAGCUGGUCACGACAAUAGUAUCAACUUUCACAGCAUACUAUGUCCAUUUCUGGUCGACCUAUUUCCCGGACCCGGGAAUGCAACUCACGGCACCGUUACCUAGUUUUGAUGGUAGAGCUGUGCAAUACCCUAGUGUUCAGAAUUUGAGGGAUUAUAUGAGUUGGAGACAAGUCGAUUGUCACAUUAACAAUCUUUACAAUACCACUUUUUGGACAUUGAUCCAGAAAGGAGGGUUUGAUGCAAAAGGUGCGGAGAAGGAACUUGCUGGAUCUUUGGCUGCGGACAAAAAUGAGAUUUUGUUCUCGAGGUUUGGAAUCAAUUAUAACAAUGAACCUGAAAUCUACAAAAAGGGGAGCGUGGUUUUCCGAGAUUAUGAGUUAGUGGAACCGGGAGUGUCAGAAGCAAUCGAUGAGGAUUCAGCAAAGACAAUCGAGCAGAAGGAACUGUCAAAGACACAAGAAGAAAAGGACAGGAAGAGAAGAGCAAAGGCAAGAAUCACGGUGCAACACGUAGAUGUUAUUAAAGACGAAUUUUGGCAGAGGAGACCAUGGCUUUUAUCCAAUAAGCCUGGAAAGAUACCCAAAGAGAUAUAG